ACGAAGCUGCCAACGUGAUGCACUCAUGCACCUGCUUUGUGUAUAUAUAUAUAUAUAUAUAAUGAAAAACAGAGUCGGUACUGCCACUGUCCUCCUCCCGCCGUGACGCAUCCACCCGGCCCCCCACCUCCAGACAAUAAUCGUUUCUUAAUCCAUUUUCAAAUGAUAAAAUCUCCCGUAUGAGCAGAGAAUUGCUGCUGCUGCUGCUCUCUCUCUCUCUCUCUCUCUCUGGGUUCGAUCUGGUCUACAACUGGGAGUCUAGGAAGAGCUUUUGUUUUUGAUCGGAGGGCGAUGGGUUCAUUGCAGAGCGAAGAGGAGCUGGAGCAGCUGAUUGGGGACGGGUCCAAUGAAGCAAUCCUCUAUGUCAAUGGCGUCCGCCGCGUGCUUCCUGAUGGGCUGGCUCACCUCACUCUGCUCGAGUAUCUCAGAGAUAUAGGCUUGACGGGGACAAAGUUGGGCUGUGGUGAAGGUGGUUGCGGGGCUUGCACUGUGAUGAUUUCUUAUUUUGAUCAAAACUUGAAGAAAUGUGUGCAUCAUGCUAUCAAUGCAUGCUUGGCUCCUCUAUAUUCUGUGGAAGGAAUGCAUAUAAUUACUGUGGAGGGAAUUGGGAAUUGUAGACAUGGCUUGCAUCCUAUUCAGGAAUCAUUAGCACAGUCUCAUGGUUCACAAUGUGGAUUUUGCACUCCUGGUUUUAUUAUGUCCAUGUAUGCAUUAUCAAGGUCAAGCCAAACACCACCAAGUGAAGCGCAGAUUGAAGAAAGCCUUGCCGGAAAUUUGUGUCGGUGCACAGGUUAUAGACCAAUAGUUGAUGCAUUUCGCGUCUUUGCCAAAAGUGAUGAUUCUUUGUAUAUAGAUGGAUCUUCUCCAAGACCUCAAGAAGGUGAUUCUGUUUGCCCUGCAACUGGUAAACCCUGUUCAUGUGGAUCAAAAAAUUCAAGUGAUGGAGAUACUGUCAAACAAGCUAUGGAUUGUGCUCAUAGGAUUAAGCCAAUCUUUUAUAGUGAGACAGAUGGAAGCAUAUACACUGAAAAAGAGCUUAUUUUUCCUCCUGAACUAUUAUUGAGAAAAUUGAUUCCUUUGAAUUUGAAUGGAUUUGGUGGGCUUAAGUGGUAUAGACCCUUGAGACUUCAACAUGUUUUAGCAUUAAAAGGAAGAUACCCAGAUGCAAAGUUAGUGGUAGGUAACACUGAGGUAGGAAUAGAAAUGAGGUUAAAGAGGAUCCAAUAUCGAGUUCUGAUGUCUGUCAUGCAUGUACCUGAACUUAAUAUAUUGAUUGUCAAGGAUGAUGGCUUGGAGAUAGGUUCGGCAGUAAGACUGUCAGAACUCCUGAAAGUUCUAAGGAAGGUUGUGGCAGAGCGUGCUAGUCAUGAAACGUCAUGUUGUAAGGCCCUUGUUGAACAGAUAAAAUGGUUUGCUGGGACGCAGAUAAAAAAUGUUGCAUCUGUUGGUGGGAAUAUUUGUACUGCUAGUCCAAUAUCAGACCUGAAUCCACUCUGGAUGGCUGCAGGAGCAAAGUUUCAAAUUAUUGACUGCAAAGGGAACAUUAGGACAACCCUAGCAGAAAAUUUUUUCCUGGGCUAUCGCAAAGUGGAUCUGGCAAGUGAUGAAAUCUUAAUGUCAAUUUUUUUACCAUGGAGUAGGCCCUUUGAGUAUGUGAAAGAAUUUAAGCAGGCCCACCGAAGGGAUGAUGAUAUUGCACUUGUAAAUGGGGGCAUGCGUGUUUAUCUUGUGGAGAAGGGUGAAAAGUGGGUAGUUUCUGAUGCAUCAAUUGUUUAUGGUGGGGUUGCUCCAGUCUCUCUUUCUGCAUCAAAAACAAACAAAUUUCUUAUUGGAAAGAAUUGGAAUCAGGGCCUAUUGCAGGGUGCUUUGAAAAUGUUAGAGGAUGACAUUUUGCUCAAGGACAACGCACCUGGUGGGAUGGUGGAGUUUCGGAAAUCUUUGACACUAAGCUUCUUCUUUAAGUUUUUCCUGUGGGUUUCUCAUCAGAUGGAUCAGCAGAAAUCCUUUGCAGACAGGAUACCAUCAUCCCAUAUGUCAGCAGUACACAGUUUUUCUCGGCCACCAGUUAUAGGAAGCCAAGACUAUGAAAUUAGGAAACAUGGGACAGCUGUUGGGUUGCCUGAGGUUCAUCUAUCAUCAAGACUUCAGGUUACAGGAGAGGCUGAGUACACUGACGACACGCCAAUGCCUCCUAAUGGUUUGCACGCUGCCUUAGUAUUGAGUAGAAAACCUCAUGCCCGCAUACUUUCAAUAGAUGAUUCAGGAGCAAAGAGUUCACCUGGUUUUGUUGGGAUAUUUCUUGCUAAAGACUUGCCAGGCAACAAUAAAAUUGGGCCAGUUAUUACUGACGAGGAACUUUUUGCUUCAGAGUUUGUCACUUGUGUUGGUCAGAUUAUAGGUGUUGUUGUAGCUGACACACAUGAAAAUGCAAAAGUAGCAGCAAGAAAGGUUAAUGUCGAGUAUGAAGAGCUCUCUCCCAUCUUAUCCAUAGAGGAUGCCAUCAAAUCUAGAAGUUUCCAUCCUAAUACUGAGAGGCUUUUGAGGAAAGGGGAUGUGGAUCAAUGUUUUAAGUCAGGGCAAUGCUACAAGAUUGUAGAGGGGGAGGUUCAAGUAGGAGGUCAGGAACACUUCUACUUGGAGCCACAUAGCAGUUUGGUAUGGACAAUGGAUGGAGGUAACGAGGUUUAUAUGAUUUCAUCUACUCAAUCCCCUCAAAAACACCAAAAGUAUGUUGCUCAUGUCCUUGAUCUUCCCAUGUCAAAAGUAGUUUGCAAAACCAAGCGAAUUGGUGGGGGAUUUGGUGGUAAAGAGACACGAUCAGCUAUGUUUGCUGCUGCAGCAUCUGUUCCAUCAUAUCUGUUGAAUCGGCCUGUGAAGAUCACAUUAGACAGGGACGCAGACAUGAUGAUAUCUGGACAGCGCCAUAGUUUUCUUGGAAAGUAUAAGGUUGGAUUUACAAAUGAAGGAAAGGUGCUGGCAUUGGAUCUUGAAAUUUACAAUAAUGCUGGCAAUUCUCUAGACCUGUCGCUCGCUAUCCUUGAACGUGCAAUGUUUCAUUCAGAUAAUGUUUAUGAGAUACUACAUGUCCGGAUUAGGGGAAGGGUUUGCUUCACUAAUUUACCUAGUAACACUGCAUUUCGAGGAUUUGGUGGUCCUCAAGGUAUGCUUAUUGCUGAAAACUGGAUUCAAAGAAUUGCCAUUGAGCUCAAGAAAAGCCCUGAAGAGAUACGGGAAAUUAAUUUCCAAAAUGAAGGCUCAGUUUUACAUUAUGGUCAACAACUUCAACACUGUACACUGGGUCGGCUCUGGAGUGAACUGAAGACGUCUUGUGAUUUUUUGAAGGCACGUGAUGACAUCGACCAUUUUAAUCUUCACAAUCGAUGGAAGAAGCGUGGGAUUGCUAUGGUUCCAACGAAAUUUGGGAUCUCAUUUACAUUAAAGCUCAUGAACCAGGCAGGUGCCCUUGUUCAAGUCUAUACAGACGGGACUGUUUUAGUUACACAUGGGGGUGUUGAGAUGGGGCAAGGUCUACAUACAAAAGUCGCUCAGAUUGCUGCCUCUUCCUUCAAUAUUCCUCUCAGUUCUGUAUUUGUAUCAGAGACUAGUACAGACAAGGUUCCUAAUGCUUCACCCACAGCAGCUUCUGCUAGUUCUGAUAUGUAUGGAGCUGCUGUUUUAGAUGCUUGUGAGCAAAUAAAAGCACGGAUGGAACCUAUUGCCUCAAAAUGCAAUUUUAGGUCCUUCGCAGAGCUGGUGAGUGCUUGUUAUGUGGAGCGUAUUGACCUUUCUGCUCAUGGAUUUUACAUUACACCCGAUAUUGGCUUCGACUGGAAGACUGGUAAAGGGAACCCAUUUAGAUACUUCACCUAUGGAGCUGCAUUUGCUGAAGUUGAAAUUGACACAUUGACUGGAGAUUUCCACACAAGGACAGCGAAUGUUUUCCUGGAUCUUGGAUAUUCUCUUAAUCCAGCCAUUGAUGUUGGACAGAUUGAAGGAGCAUUUAUUCAAGGUUUGGGCUGGGUGGCCUUGGAAGAAUUAAAAUGGGGCGAUGCAACUCAUAAGUGGAUUCCACCUGGUUGCCUGUACACAUGUGGACCCGGAAGUUACAAAAUUCCUUCUAUCAAUGAUGUUCCCUUCAAAUUCAGCAUUUCACUUCUGAAGGUUGCUCCAAAUGUGAAGGCCAUUCAUUCAUCUAAAGCUGUAGGUGAGCCUCCAUUCUUUCUGGCUUCUGCAGUCUUCUUUGCCAUCAAAGACGCAAUUAUAGCUGCAAGAGCAGAGGAGGGGUUCAACGAUUGGUUCCCUCUUGAUAGCCCGGCAACUCCUGAACGGAUCCGAAUGGCUUGUAUCGAUCAAUUUACCAUGCCAUUUGUUGGUUCUCAUUUCCGCCCCAAGUUGAGUGUUUAACGCACUUGUAGCUGUUAUUUCAUCUGUAAUUAUCUUGUUAUUUCAUUCCAUUAUCAUUGUUGCCAAUUGUUCAUUCUGUAUUAGCAACUGCUGUAAAAAGUUGUAAUCUCGUAUCUCACAAAUAGGGGGAGAACAUUUGUAACAAAUUGUAGAUAAAAAAUAAAGAAAUAUGCUUCUCCAGAAAA